GUGGCUUCUCCAGCCUGUCUGCAGCUCACCACACAUUAAAAUAACCCAACACCCACCAGAGGGAGGCUGCUGCUCAGUGGGUGUGAGGACUGGACACACUUCAAGAGAGGAGCCCACCACCAGACUGAUAGAUUGGAGUGUAAGAGCACACUACGGGAGAGCUUUUCUCUACUUUUACAGAGUGAAGGACUGAGAGGAGUGUAUUUGCCAAACAAGAUCCCCUUUGCACCAUGCCUCUGAGAGACUCAGUCACGCUGCUGCUCUGGAGUUGCUGCGUACUACUGCUUGUCCACCAAUGCGAGGGUCAAGUUCUAAAUUGCACGUGUAAUGUGACCUACAGUCGGUGUGAGGAGAAUGCGGUGUGCAGCUGUGACCCGGGUUGGGAGGGGCAGCAGUGCGACAUCUGUGUUAGAAUGCCAGGCUGUGUCCAUGGAUCAUGUCACCAACCCUGGCAAUGCACAUGCGAGCCUGGAUGGACGGGACGCUUCUGCGACAAAGAUAUCCAUGUGUGCACAAAUGAGGCACCUUGCCAGAACGGUGCCACCUGUUACACGAACAUUUCAGGGGAAUACUCCUGCCUCUGCCCCAAUGGAUUUUACGGGAGGAACUGUGAGCACAAGACAGGACCCUGUCAUAAGAUCGGCAAGUCUCCAUGUAAGAAUAGAGGGCAAUGUGAGGACAGUAGCGGCUAUGCACCAGAACUCUCCUGCCGCUGCCUGGCAGGCUUCAGUGGGCCGCGCUGCGAGACCAACAUGGACGACUGCCUGAUGCGUCCCUGUGCCAACGGUGCCACCUGCCUGGAUGGCAUCAACCGCUUCUCCUGUCUCUGUCCCGAGGGCUUCACGGGCCGGUUCUGCACCAUCAACCUCGAUGACUGUGCCAGUCAGCCCUGCCUCAACGGAGGGCGCUGCCUGGACCGCGCCAGCACCUUCCACUGCCUCUGCAAAGCUGGGUUCACUGGCAGGACCUGCGAGGUUCCCCUACGGAGCCCAGCCAGCCAAUCACCCAUCAGGAGCUCCCAUGGCUGGGCUGGGGGAGGAGAGGGCUGGGGCAGGGUGACUCAGGCCAGGCCAGACCAGAUCACAACAGGGGGGAACCAUUCUCAGGGCAGCGGUAACAGUAAUAGUGGAGACAGGCUGCUGAAGAUCUCUGUGAAGGAGGUGGUGACCCAGUGGGGGUCGUCUGGCCUGUCAGAGGUGCAGCUCAUCACCUUGCUGGUGCUGGGGGGUAUGACGCUGGGCGUGGUGGCUCUCACAGCUAGCCUGGUGCUGAGGGGGCAUUGGCAGGACCGCUGUGCCAGCUGCCGGUGCGGUCCCAUCCUCCGCCUGCACCCGGUGAGACACAUAGACUGCCAGCCGACCCCGCAGAGCCACCUAGUCAUAGUGGAGCAGGAGUGUAAGAUCAGCUUCCUGCACACGCCCACGACCCCCGAACUGGAGAAGAAGAAACUGAACACUGAGGUGAUUUAGGCUAGAUUUACCAUCUCCAUAGCCCUGAGCACAGGACAGGAGCAGAGAACAGACUGAUUUCAGCAGAGGGAAACCCAUGCUCUAAAUCCCAGCCCUGCCUCCAUGACUGACUGUCUUCAGUACUGACAGUCAAAAUACCGACAACAUACCAAUUUAGGUAUCGAUACAUAGAAAGACGCAGGACCAAGAAGAGACCAGUGGGUAUGUUCAAGGAGAAAUGGUAGGAGAAUGUGUUUGACACUCCUAACAAAAAGAGCAUAGUCCUAAUAUGACGGAUUAUUGCUUGACCACAGGGGUAAGAGGUGCAUAACGAUAAAAUAUACUCAAGAUUUUUGGUGACUUUUGUCACGGACAAUUAAUGUGUAAUUUGUCCAUUCUCAAAAUCUGCUGUUGCGGUUACUUGGCAUGAACUGCAUGUAAGAUAGGCGAACUGACAGACAGCUUUGGAAUGUUAGCCGAGACAAUGCCCUUGCCAUGUCAACCAAAUUAGUGUACCGGUAUUUGUCAAUGCUGUUGUAGUCACAAUAUUAGGCCAAAAUGUUAGACUUGAAUGCAGAUGUGCAGUCUGCCCAUUUACAAUGGGGAGAACAAGUAUUUGAUACACUGCCAAUUUUGCAGGUUUUCCUACUUACAAAGCAUGUAGAGGUUUGUAAUUUUUAUCAUAGGUACACUUCAACUGUGAGAGAAGGAAUCUAAAGCACAAAUCCAGAAAAUCACAUUGUAUGAUUUUUAAGAAAACACUUAGCAUUUUAUUGCAAGACAUAAGUAUUUGAUACAUCAGAAAAGCAGAACUUAAUAUUUGGUACAGAAACCUUUCUUUGCAAUUACAGAGAUCAUACAUUUCCUGUAGUUCUUGACCAUGUUUGCACACACUGCAGCAGGGAUUUUGGCCCACUCCUCCAUGACAGACCUUCAGGUUUCGGGGCUGUCGCUGGGCAAUAUGGACUUUCAGCUGCCUCCAAAGAUUUUCUAUUGGGUUCAGGUCUGGAGACUGGCUAGGCGACUCCAGGACCUUGAGAUGCUUCUUACGGAGCCACUUCUUAGUUGCCCUGGCUGUGUGUUUCGGGUCGUUGUCAUGCUGGAAGACCCAGCCACGACCCAUCUUCAAUGCUCUUACUGAGGGAAGGAGGUUGAUCAAGAUCUCGCGAUACAUGGCCCCAUCCAUCCUCCCCUCAAUACGGUGCAGUCGUCCUGUCCCCUUUGCUGAAAAGCAUCCCCAAAGAAUGAUAUUUCCACCUCCAUGCUUCACGGUUGGGAUGGUGUUCUUGGGGUUGUACUCAUCCUUCUUUUUCCUCCAAACACGGCAAGUGGAGAUUAGACCAAAAAGCUCUAUUUUUGUCUCAUCGGACCUCAUGACCUUCUCCCAUUCCUCCUUUAGAUCAUCCGUAUGGUCCUUGGCAAACUUCAGACGGGCCUGGACAUGCGCUGGCUUGAGCUGGGGGACCUUGCGUGCGCUGCAGGAUUUUAAUCCAUGACGGCGUAGUGUGUUACUAAUAAUUUUCUUUGAGACUGUGGUCCCAGCUCUCUUCAGGUCAUUGACCAGGUCCUGCCGUGUAGUUCUGGGCUGAUCCCUCACCAUCCUCAUGAUCAUUGAUGCCCCACGAGGUGAGAUCUUGCAUGGAGCCCCAGACUGAGGGUGAUUGACCGUCAUCUUGAACUAAUUCCAUUUUCUAAUAAUUGCACCAACAGUUGUUGCCUUCUCACCAAGCUGCUUGCCUAUUGUCCUGUAGCCCAUCCCAGCCUUGUGCAGGUCUACAAUUUUAUCCCUGAUGUCCUUACACUGCUGUCUGGUCUUGGGCAUUGGUCUUGGGCAUUGUGGAGAGGUUGGAGUCUGAUUGAUUGAGUGUGUGGACAGGUGUCUUUUAUACAUGUAAUGAGUUCAAACAGGUGCAGUUAAUACAGGUAAUGAGUGGAGAACAGGAGGGCUUCUUAAUGAAAAACGAACAGGUCUGUGAGAGCCGGAAUUCUUACUGGUUGGUAUGUGAUCAAAUACUUAUGUCAUGCAAUAAAAUGCAAAUGAAUUACUUAAAGAUCAUACAAUGAGAUUUUCUGGAUUUUUACUUUAGAUUCCAUCUCUCAGUUGAAGUGUACCUAAUGAUAGAAAUUACAGACCUCUACAUGCUUUGUGAGUAGGGAAACCUGCAAAAUCGGCAGUGUAUCAAAUACUCGUUCGGCCCACUGUAUUUCCAAAUGGGCUCAGACAUCACAGCCUCUGAACAAAUUCCCUGCUUACAGUUCUGCAGUGUGCAGAAUUCAGACAGAAACAAAUAUUACCUGAGUUCAUGUCAUGUUUCAACACUGUACUUUUUAUAGGAUUGGCUAAAGAAAUGCAACAUAUACUUUGUUAAAUUAUAAUUGUAUUAUUUUGUAAAAAAGUAAUGUCUAUUAUGUCAACAUUGAAAACUAAUUGAGAUCUGUUAUUGCUGUAUGAUGGUUAGAGAUGUAGGAUCUUUAUUUGAGCCAGUUUGCUACAAAAUAAUCCUGCAGCAACAAGAAAUGUGAAUUGUGUAGAUUAUAAUUCAUGGACAUUUUGUCAGGGAAAAUCAAGUCUGAAAUGACUAAAAUGUCAAUUCAUCUUCAGAAGCCUAUUUAAACUUCAAAUACACACAUUUUACAUGACCUGCGUUGCAGCAAAGUUCCCCCAAAACAGGGUAAUCAAAUUCCCUUACAUUUCCUAAAUCUGUAAUAGCGAAUAAGAAUAUGGAUUUGCGCAACUGUAUUUUGAAGUUGUAAAUGUAAUUUAUUGUCUGCAAUUUAUAUGUGGAAUGUGUAUGUGUUCUUUUUUUGCAAUGAGUCUUAUUUUUUUAUACUGAAUUGUGUGCAAUAAAGUUGUGAACUAUUUCCUGUA